AUGGAUCAAGAGACUUUGGAACUCACGGUGCAGGCUGCACGAUUUGCUGGUUAUGACAUGGUGGCAGCAAUGGCUCUAUUUGCAUACGACUACCUGCUCAUGCUGCCCAAGGAACAGCAGUAUGUCUGGGGCGCAAAGUGGACACCGGGGAAAGUGAUGUACUUGCUCGUCCGCUAUCUCCCAUUCUUUGACCUCCCCCUCUGGGUCUUCGAUCAGGGCUUCAUGGGGCAGCUACCUAUGGACUGCGCGACUGCAACACUCGUUACUACGAUUCCCGAAUUCAUUGCAGCGGGUGUAGCCGAUAUCGUGUUCGGUUUACGAACUUGGGCGCUGUGGAACCGAGGAACUGUAAUGGGCUGCAUAAUCAUCGGCGGCUAUAUUUUGUUCAAUGGAGCCUCUGUAACGGUCAUCUCAGCCACCCCGUCUGGUCUUACCUGGAGGAAACGACAAGCGCAAAACCUCAUGAUGGUUCUCUUUCGAGAUGCACACUUUGCAGGAUAUGAGAUGGCGGCCGCCAUGACGCUCUUCGCUUAUGAUUACUUGCUCAUGAUCCAGAAGGAGCGGCGGUAUAUUUGGGCCGCGAAGUUGACGCCGGGGAAGGUGAUGUAUCUGCUUGUUCGCUAUCUUCCUUUCUUGUAUCUACCGCUUUGUGUGUUCGAGGAGGGCAUAAUGGGCGACCUGCCCCUGGACUGCGCGAAAGCGACACUCGCCUUGACGAUUCCCGAGCUACUUGCCGCUGCCAUAGCUGAUGUUGUUUACGGCCUACGUUCUUGGGCCGUGUGGGGCCGAGGAUUCCCGAUGGUCUGCCUGAUCAUAGUCGCCUAUAUCUUGUUCAAUGGAGCAGCGGUUGUAAUCGUUUCGAUCGAUCAGUCCGCCCUAACGUCCGUGCGUAUUCAAGGCCUGAGUGGCUGCUUCACUCCUCCGCUGCACUCCAACAGUUUCUGGGUUGCUUACUUACUUAACACGACCUUUCAACUCUUGCUGCUCAUUCUUACUCUUCUGAGAGGAUUGCACUUCUGGAGGCGACAAACAGGAAACCUCACUACAGUCCUCUUUCGGGAUGCAUUUCUCGCAUUCUUAGCCCAGUGGAGCGUAGGCAUUGCAGCAGUAAUCAUGCUCGUCACUUUGGUAUGGUCCCCCUUCUCUGGCCUUGAUAGAGAAGUCACCCGCUUCCCUUAG